AAGUUAUUAUGAAACACAGUCGGCGGCGGUGGUGGCAGGGCUGGUGAUGUUGUUGUUGUUGUUAGUGGUGGUGGUGGUGGAACACUUGUGUUUGAAUGCCUGAUAUUUUACGACCAGGAAACACAUAAAGCUUGACAUAUACAGUCGUAAAUUUGUGUAUGUUAACUGGGUGGGGUGGAGGUGAUGUUUGUUCUGUCCCUAGCAACGGUGUUAUUGUUGAUGUGGUUUCGUUGCUAAGAAAUUUAGGCAUCGAAUGUAAACAUCGAAUGCGGCAGGCGAACAAUAUUGAAAAAUAAUGUCACCCGAGAAACCAAUUAUUUUUCAAAUAACAUAAUAGAAAACUAUCGCGGACGACGUCUUUGCAGAUUACGAUAUUUGGUCAGAUAAUGAGAAAGUAAAAUGUAGUUUGUCGUAAACAGAGAAGAUAACACGUUUGAAAUGAAUCCUUACAUCUUACGGACAUAUGGCCUUGGGCCGAAACAGAACACGUGUAAUUAUCCAUUGUGGGAUUACAGAUCACAAAGAUACAGUUCAAUAGGUUCGAGCAGUGAUGGUGCUAGCUUGAAUUCUUCGAAGGGAAGCUCGAGUCGUUCAGAUUCUAGCUCCGAAGCCGCAAGUAUAAUCACUACCGAAAUUUAUGAAUCAUUUCUACCUUUUGAAGUUAAAAUAUUCGCCGACAGCAGCCAAAUCAAUAUGCUUAAUACACUGUAUCGGCCGCUAAUAAACCUUCUUGAUUCUGACCUACAUAUCAUAAAAAUAUCAGAUAAUAGAAGUCCUCGUUGUUCUGAGACUAAUUCACUGAAAAAGCAAGAUUAUCUCCGCCAUGUUUUUGUGCCCAGUUUUUCGAUUUUGAUUUUUUUACUCGAGGACGGAUUGCUUACUCAGCAAAGAUUUUCGGAAGCUCAGUUUUACUUUCAACAGAAACCUUGGAAAUUUUAUCAUCGAUCACGAAUAGACAAAAGAAAAGCAAUAGAAUUUUGUUCCGAUAAUAUGCAGGAAUUCUAUGGUACUUCAAAAGGUUAUCCUCUCUGGGGAAUUCGUCGCGUACAUUAUGGAAAAGAGCAUUUGCGAUUUAUGUUAUUUGUCAGCUGCGACAAUUGGCUUGCGAUGGUGAGCUUUUACAAAGUUCUUAUGAAUUCAGCUCCUGAAUACGAACAAGAUGACUUCUGUAUGUUCACAGUGGACAACCAAGAACAUUAUGACGUACAGUUUGUUCUCAAACAACUGCCUCCACAUAUUAUUCCCGAACCAUUAUAUUUCGUUGAACUUGAAUUUCAGAUAUCUGAUAUUGGCAUUCUGAUGCCACAUUUUCCAAACGUUUGUAAACCAAUGUCUGGUCAUAAAUGGUGCACAUCGGAUCAUGACGGAAAUCCCCUUAUAAUGAGCUUAAAACCGAGACUACAAUGUUCACCCCAGACGUCUAUGAAACGAAAUUCACCCGAAUAUUUGUCAGCCGCUAACAAAGUGUUUUUCGUGUGAAAAACUCAAACGCGCCAAAUUCCUAACAGUUAUAACACAAAAACAUCUAACUUAUCUCGAAGAAGCGAUUGUUCAUUAUGUUUUACCGGCAAUAAUGUGUAUACAGAUGGAGUCUCCAGAGAAGAAUCGAACCAGGACGAUCAGUGGGAAGAUGAAAAGACAAUUCCAUUCUGGUUCUUAACAGGAAACUAUUUUCGGUGGACAUGCAUCAAAUACAAACACCGGUAAAAAAAAAUAUGUAAAACAAGCAACACGGUGCCAACUGCAUCCAGAUUUCCGGACAUCUUUUUUUUUUUUUCAACUAGAUUCCAAGUAACGAAAUAAACUUUAAUAUCAUUUUUGAUUACAACAUUUCUGGAACUCAGAAAACAUUUAUAAAGAAAUCAUUUAUUUUCUCUUCGACUCUAGACACGAUGUAAAUCAUUUCUGUAAUGUUUGCAAAUAAUAUAUUUGCGAAAUAGAUUAUAAAUUUUAUACCAAAA